CUGUCACACAGUUGCUCACAGCACUUGUCCUGUCAUUUGGACUGACCUUCUCGACCUGUCUGACCAUUCCCAGACUUUGCUGCAGCUUAUCAGUUUUUCCGGAAUGUCCUGAGCAGAUCUUGAACCAAAACCACUCUUGGUUUCAAAAGUUAUGGCUCACAUUUAUUGAUGUGUGAUAUUGAAACGUGAUUGUUGAAUCUUCCUAAACUACUUGUGCUUGCUCUUUUGAACCCACAUUAGAAUGGUUUGGGGGAAAUGCAUUCCUUUUCUUCAUUGGCAACAGAUGUAGACAGGAACGUUUUUUUUCCUUCUACAGCUGAACCUUCUGGAGAGCCUAAAAACAGUGCUGUACAGACCAUAGGGCAGCUGUUUAGUCCAUGCUGGCUGAAAUAGUCUUCAUGAGUAGGCUAAUGCUGAGCCUGUGGCUGAAGCGUCAGAGGACUUGUGUUUGCUUCACUGCCACAGAUGGAUAGGGAGCUCUCAGCACGAGCUACAACUCUCCUUUUACAAUUUGGGCACCUCAUAGUGUGCUUUGUCCAGUUAAAGCUUUUUGAUUUGUACGUUAUCACAACAAUAGUUUCAUGUGUCAAUGAAACAUAAAUACAUAUUCAGAUGUGCGUGUGUGUGUCAUGGUUAUGUUGCAUCUCCUCUUCAGCUUUCCUGGAAAUGUCCUCUGAUUUUCAUGGUAGAGUUUAAUCUUAAACUGGAACCGAAUACCUCUUGUCAGGGGCUGGUUAUUUCUUUCUCUGGAUCGUGUGAUCGUGACAGGUAAUACGUGUGCGCUACUAAGAAUGACCACAAGCUUACAGGCAAUUGCAUACUUGGCUUUGCAUUUUUGUUGCUGGCGACAGGGUGCUUGCUCCAGGAAACCUAACCCCCACCCCUUUCCUUUUGUAGCAGCUGACAAGAACUGCAAGUGUGGAGGUAUAAAGCUAACAUUAGCUUCAAGUAGCCCUUGCUAGAAGAAGGACAUUGAAGUGGCUUGGCACUCGUCCAGUGAGUCCAGAGGGUUCCUCCUAUCACAUGUUUGUUUGGGUGCCUGUUCUUGUACAGUGUUUCCGUGCGGUGGGGUGCUGGCAGCAACUGGAGGUACCCCAAGAAGCAAACAGGCCUCAUUAAUAUUCAAAGUUUGUCUUGUGAUAACGGCUGCAUGCGCUUAUUUAUUGGUAGGGAGGAUAUCCAGUCAGUAAAGUUAUAAUAAUUGUUCUGAAAACCAAAUUAUCUCAGGCUUCAAGCUCUGACAGAUUCAUUGAUUACAUACAAAUGAUUGACUACAAGAAAAUAUGCUGUCUAUGGCAACUGCAAAAUUGUGACAUCUUUUAACUGAAUCUUUGUGUCCAGUUUGAAAUUAUAUUUUACAACAUUUUAACAAAGCAAAUACACUCCAUGCUUUAAAAUACAAAUAAAAUAUACGAAAACAAGUCAACAUACAAUGUGUAGAAUUGAAAUGAUAAAUGUAUAUCCCCCGCAUUGCUCGAGAGGGGGCGCUGCCGCUUGGAGGUCUGCAAUUUAAAACAUUCCGCUACAUUACAACAGACAGAAAGUUCCCUUGCCUGUAGAAUAGCUUAACUUGUUCUUUAUUAAAUCAGAUCAACGACUUCCACCUCUGUUUCCCAUUUACAUGUCAAUGUGUCAUUUCUCUCCUCUCUUUGCACGGAUUCAUCUUCAUCUCCGUCUAGGUCACACUCAGCACGUUCUUGAAUCAAUGUGUGGAGACACAGCCUCUCGCAUUCAUCGUGUGACACACGCAUUUUAACUGCCUCUUUCUGUCGAAGUCGCUUGUGAUUGUGCGUAUACAUAGAGAAAAUUAGGGGUGGUUUCAGAGACUACCAUGGUCAAAUGGAGGAAUUGAGUUUUCCAAAUUAAAAAAUCCUUGCAAUAAUUUAAAGGUGUUUUAUGUAGAAUGGAAAAUACAGUCAACAAAGAAUGAGCCUUGUAUUUAUAUUCAAGUUUCGAUUGCCUUUAUUUGUCUCUGCUAUACCACGUUAAUGGUGAGUCCAUGUGAACCAGUCACUCAACUGACUUUUCAUGUCCUCUUCAUUUACACUUCGAAACAGUGUAUUGGUCUAAGCAAAUUGUUUGUGGUCUGAGCCAGAGGAGAAAUGACGGUGAGCUCACUUUUGCCGCCUCUCCCUUUGUGUUUUUGAAAGGAAGUGAAAGUUUGAAGGUCGGGGCAAUGCCGGCAGGGUGGCUGUUUGUUGUGGAAGUUUGGUCAUUACACAACUGCUGGAAGGACACUGACGGAAUAGUGUUACUGUGUCUAUUUGGCGACUGUGUUUUUAUUUUCACAACUCGGUUCUUAUCCCCGAAACCAGAAUGAUUCAGUGUGAUGCUGCAUGAUUGUGUUGUCAUUCCAGAGGACGAUUGCUUUGCAGGAAAGGGGGCUGUUUAUCUAUCGGAUAAGUCUGUUUUGUUGAUGGCUGGUGUCCCGGUAGUUGACGGGAUGCUGUGGAUGCAGUCGAAACAUCCUCUGCUUAUCCAUUCUAAAAUUACAGAAAUGACCUAGAGGCCUUACAGAUACAUUUGUGCUUUUAUUGCUCUGUUCUGCAUCCACGGAGAACAGCAAUAUCUGGAAGCACACUUGUUUCCGACGUGAGCAAUAUCUACCUCAGCCAGCAGACAAGGAGGAAACCUUAAAAAAAGCUCGUAACGAAUCCAGAGAAGCAGACUGAGCUAUCAACUGGCCGUUCGCUUACUUCCUGCCGAGUCCUGCUUUGCAUAGAGGAUUUGAGACGGACUGGAUCUGUCUUCCUUCCACUUCAGAACAAACUUAACAUCCUCAGAUUCCAGUGGUUUCUCAUUUUGUUUAUCCGAUUGUGCUGUUGAUCAGUUGUUUUUUUUCUUGGAUGCAUCUGAAAUUCUGUCAAGAUUCUUUUGUACUUUCACUAUCCCAACCUGGUAUUGAUUUGUAUGUCGUUAUAUUUCUGUUUAUACUGUAUGAAAACAGGUUUUCCUCUGUCUUUAGAAAAGUUCAUGCACUUUAGAAGUUGGCUGUUGUAUCAUUUCAGAUAUUUUAAGCUGUGGUUUUGACUUUUCCUUAUCUAGUUUUAUUUGAAGCUGGAACCUGAGAGUUUGUGUGUGUUUUCUUCUAGGCUGGGUCUGAUGUGUCUGCAGCGGGGCUGCGUAUGAGAAUUUUACUUGAAAUUGUGAGGCUUAGUCAACAGUCCCCCAGGGCGCAGUGAAAUGAGCCUGAGGCAGGUGGAAUCCCUGUACUGUCUUUUUAUGUGACUUGGUCAAAUACAGGAGUGUUAGUUGGAGUGCUUUAUUAGUCAAGAACACUUUCUGUGGAGAGACAGGAGCUUCCGGUGCUGUUGCACCACAUAUGUAUUGUUGCAGUGUGCAGGAAAGUAAAAUGGACUACAAGCGUCGCUUUUUGCUCGGCGGGUCCAAGCAGAAAGUGCAACAGCACCAGCAGUACCAGAUGCCUGAACUGAGGACAUUGAGUGCCUCCCUGGCCUCCUCUUGCUCUGCGUCUUCGCCCUUGAGCCCUGGAGUGGGCAUCGCCAGUAGCUGCCACCCGCCGCCCUCUGCCACUUCCACUGCAGUUGCAGAUAUCCAGCAAGGCAUCUCCAAAUACUUGGAUGCCCUGAACGUGUUCUGCCGGGCCAGCGCCUUCCUCACUGACCUGUUCAACAGCGUGUUCAGGAACUCUCACUAUUCCAAAGCAGCUAUGCAACUGAAAGACGUGCAGGAACACGUCAUGGAAGCGGCCAGCAGAUUGACUGCAGCAAUAAAGCCGGAGAUCGCCAAAAUGCUGAUGGAGCUGAGUGCCGGUGCUGCCAACUUCAAAGACCAGAACGACUUUAGCCUGCAGGAUGUUGAGGUGCUGGGCCGGUGCUUCCUCACGGUGAUGCAGGUCCAUUUCCAGUUUCUCUCACAAGCUUUGCAGAAGGUCCAGCCUGUGGCCCAGUCCUGCCUGGCGGAGGCUCUGGCCCAAGCGCAGGAGCGCUGCGCCAACGCCCGCUCCCAAAACUCAGACCUCGGACCCCUCACUGAGCUGGAAGAGGCUUCCCGCUCGUGGAAAGGUGCAGCUGAGGUCACAGCGAGGUUGAGAGAACGGGGCCGGGACGGCUGCCUGGCAGGUAUCCAGGUUCAGCAGCUCUUUUGCUCCAACAACACUAACAUCCCCGAGCACCAGCUGAAGGAGCUCAACAUGAAGAUCGACAGUGCUUUACAGGCAUACAAAGCUGCACUAGAGAGUCUUGGCCACAGUGAAUAUGCCCUGAAGGCUGGCUUUCAUCUAAAUCCCAAAUCUGCAGAGGCGGCUUUACAGGGCUGUUGCAGUGAGGCGGAAGCCCAACAGGCUGGUAGGAUGCACACCACCUCGCAGCCCAUCCAGUGUGAGCUGCCCACCAUCCCAGUGCAGAUUGGUUCUCAUUUCCUAAAAGGCGUGUCCCUCAACGAAUCUGCGGCUGAUAACCUCAAACUGAAAAUGCACACGAUGCUGCAGCUCAUUAAGGAGGCGGUGGGCCAGAACGGAGUGACACCCAGGGAUGACUCCCCUGUCACAGAGGUGCUCAAUCAAGUCUGCCCGUCCAGUUGGAGAGGAGCCUGCAAGACAGCUGUCCAGCUGCUCUUUGCUCAAGCUGGUCUGGUGGUUGUUGAUACAGCUCAGAUUGAGAACAAGGAGGCCUAUGCCCCUCAGAUCACUCUGGAGGGAUCCAGGCUUGUGGUCCAGGUUCCAUCUACAUGGUGUCUGAAGGAGGAUCCUGCAACAAUGUCUCUGCUCCAACGCAGCCUUGACCCUGAGAAGACGCUCGGACUGGUGGACGUGCUCUACACUGCAGUGUUCGACAUCAACCGAUGGAAGGACAGAAAAGAGCAAGCCUUGCCAACCAUCCAGCUGCAGCUGCAGAGGGAGAUCCCAGACUACAGCAGCCAGGUGGAACUGCCGCCUGGUACCAGCUCCAAGACUUCCAGUGGUUUACCCAAAACCAUAUCCAAGCUGACAUCCAAGUUCACUAGGAAGGUCUCAUCAUCAAACAGCGGGGGCAGUUUCUCCAUCCCCAACACCCCCUCGCGCAGCAUGCUGUCCAGCAGCAGCCUGGAGGAAAAGUCCAAAAGCCUGGGCCGGGGCGACGGCAGGCUCCACAGCAUCUUGCAGAUGGGGGGCCUGUCCUGCUCCACGGACUCCUCGCAGCAGAGCCAGCUGGCCAACGGUUUGGUGUCGGACGACCAGGGCAUGAACCUUCCGACCGACCAAGAGAUGCAGGACGUCAUCGACUUUCUCUCAGGAUUCAACAUGGGCAAGUCUCAGCAGGCCUCUCCACUGGUCAAGAGGAGGAACUCCGUGGCAUCGGCGAACCCUGCGGAGCUGAAACCUCCGAGUGGACCUCCUCCGACGUCCCAGCCCAUUACUCACAGUAGCCUACAGACCCCGACUCAGACGCUGGCCCAGCCUCAGCCCCCUCCAUCUGUGCAGAAACAGCAGCAGUCUCAACAACAGCCUCCUCCACCACAGCAGCAGCAGCAGCCCCCGACUCAGCAACCAUCGCCUCAGGCCCUGCAGUACUACCAGCACCUCCUGCAGCCCAUCACUCAACAGCAACCGCCACCCCCUCAGCUGCCACCUCAGCAGACGCCACCUCAAAUUCUUACCCAGCAGCGAGUGGCAAACAAGUGGCUCGGCACCUCUGGCCAACCACCGACACCCCAAGGACCUCCUGGAGGGCUCUCACCCCUUGGACCCAUCGGGCAGUGGCCGUCCCCGGGCCUGCCGGAUCUGAGCUCUGACCUGUACAGCCUGGGACUGGUCAGCACCUACAUGGACAGCGUCAUGUCAGAGAUGUUGGGGCAGAAGCCCCAGGGGCCGCGGAACAACACGUGGCCCAACAGGGAGCAAAGCGAGGGCGUGUUCGGAGUCCUGGGGGACGCUUUGCCUUUUGAUCCAGCAGUUGGCUCGGACCCAGAGUUUGCACGGUACGUGGCCGGCGUCAGCCAGGCCAUGCAGCAGAAGAGACAGGUCCAGCAGAUACGACGACCCAGUAACCCCCGCAGCAACUGGCCUAUGCACGACGAGCAACACCGGACGUGGUCGCACCCCGAGUACUUCAGCGAGGGUGAGGCGGCUAACAGCAGCUGGUCAGCCAAUCAGGGAGACUCUGCCAGUUCCAGCGACGAGACGUCGUCGGCGAACGGUGACAGUCUGUUCUCCAUGUUCUCUGGGCCGGACCUCGUCGCUGCUGUCAAGCAAAGACGGAAGCACAGCUGUGGCGAGCCGGAGGUCUGCACGCUGCCCUCUCCCCCACUGCAUCACAUGGGCGACGACAGUCAGGACAGCAAAACAAAAACGUGGCCCCCGAAGGCGCCGUGGCAGCACUCGGCCCACACCAACACCAUGCCCAAUCCCAGCUCUUCCCUGUACCACAUGAACAUGACUCCCUCCUCCCAGUGGAGCGACUCCAUUCAGAUGCUGCAGUCUCCGGUGUGGUCCACCGCCAGCGACUGCUCCCCUUCCACCGCCCCUGGUUUCCCCUUCGCCCAGCAGCAGCCGCCGCCGCAGCAGCAACAAACACAGCAACAGAACCAACAGCAGCAACAACAACACAAACCCAUGACCAAGGGCUUUAAAUCCUUCCCUCUCAAACCUGAGCACAGGCCCUCGUACCUUCACCAGUACUGACCCGGUCACCACUCGGCUUUUUUUCUACCUAUAUUUUUCCAUGCCGACGCCCCGUUUGGGGGGGAAAAAGAGAGAUGUAUUUUGAAUAACCAAUCCAGAGCGGAGGUUGAUCUCAACGGCCGGUUCCGAGUCAGGUGACCGUCACUGUUGCGUAACGAAAACAGGGGGCGCUCUCUGCUCCCAACAACAAUACUGUGUCUACAUAGCGGGAACUGCCAAAUCUGACCCAGAGCAGCUUGUCUGUUCCAUAGCUUGUAAAAUACUAAAAGUAUAAAUAUGAAGUUCUUUUUAUGAAAAGGCUUUGAGCGGGCUCAGCGUAAAUAAGUAAGUCAAUGCACAGGUGUCAUUUGAGAUAAGAAAACACUUUUCUUUUUUUUUCCAAAACCUGAGUUCACAGCAGUAACUAUGUGCCAUGUUGGUAUUGAAAGCACUUGCAGAUUAUAGUUUCCAACCAAAGCGUUAUUCACGUGAUGAAUGGUGCAGAAGUCUGAGAUUAUUUCAUGCCGAGAACGUUUUCACGCCCCUCCCACUCCGAUUGGCGCUUCCCAAGGUCGACACUACCACGUCUGGUUCGGAUAAAACGUUAUAUUUCUCGUACAAUUGACAGUAUUAAUCUUAUUUUUCUAUCUUCUUCGACCAUGGCCGUACCUUUCCGUUGGAAGACGUGAAGAAGCACAUUUUCAACAGAGGUUACCAAAUACGCCGUGCUAAAACACUAAAAGGUUGGCGUGACGUGGAGGGCGUUUUGGAUCCCUCCGUUCUUCGGUUUCUAUGGCGAGGGGCUCUGACCAAGACGCCCGGAAUGUUCUUUUUUUUGUGAUGUUUGCAGAUGCCAAUGUUGCCUGUAUUUAUGAAAUGACACCAUGUUUUGAGAAAACUAACAUACUAAACAUGUUUACAGAGAAUUGUUUGCUGUAAAUACAUAUAAAUAUAUAUCUUUUUAUAGUCAUGUGCUCGGCACAAUCAAGAUAGUUUGUUGCUUUUCGUCCGCGUCCUCUCCUCCUCAGAGACAUCCGGUCAAGACCAUAUGAACUGUAACUGUUUGCUUUUCAGCCGUGUCAAAAGGUUUACUAGUGGCUUCCAUGACAAAGAAACACGUUGCUCUGACAGACGAUAUGAAGGGGACUGCUUGGCUUUUGUUGCUUAUCGUUCUCUUGAGCUGGCAACCCAUUCUCCAAGUGUACCAGCAAUGCAAAAAAAGAAAAAAAAGAAUAAAACUAUU